UAUUGAACUGGAAAGAUUUCAAAAAGAAAAAGAAAAAAAGGAGUCAGCAAGAAGAAGAAGAAGAAAGAUCCGCGUUCUUGACACUAGUUCUCCACAUUACUCCACAACCACACCACCUUUACAGUCAAAUCUCAUUCAUAGAUUUCCACUCCCCUAAAAACCUAUAUAUAAGCACAUUCAAUACAUCACUCUUCACUCCCAUCUUCCACCACACAAAACCAAGCAUCUUCAAUAAUUCAUCGCCUCUUUAUUAAUAAUAAGUAUAGUAAAUACGCUAGUCUAUGGGGAACACUACUUCUUGUUCUUGUAUUUGUAUCUCUAAUGGUGUUAUUAGUAUUGGGAAUAUUUUGAAGAAGAGAAGAAAAGCUAAGAAAACAGCGAUGCUGUUGGACAGUGAUGGAAACACUCGGGAGAUCAAGCUACCCAUAAAAUCAGGGGAGCUCAUGAUCGAAGAAUUCGGCCACGUCGUCACUCCGGUCGACGAAAUUCGUAGAACGGGACGGGUUUCGGCUUUAUUGGCCGACGAGGAGCUUGUGGCCGGUAAGGUUUACCUGCUAUUGCCAGUGAAUAGGAUCAAUUCGAAGGCUUCAGAGUUUGAGAUGGCUAUUGCGGAAAAACAGAGUGGCCACACAAAGAGUAAGAGGGGAAAUAAUAUGGCCAAGGUUUCGCCGUCACUGAUUUCGAGGUCAAAUGAAAGGGACGAAGAAAACCAAGUUACGGUUAGUGUUUUCCCUGUGUGUCCGAGGUUUGGGAACCAAGUACGAUGGAAUCCCGUUUUGGAUCCUAUCGUAGAAUAAUAUAAUCAAUCCCCCUCACCUCCGAACGAAUCUGGCCUACAAUUUUGAUCUUAAAUUUAAAUUAAUUUGUCUUCCUCACACACUUGACACCCGACACUAUUGUGUGCUCAUUUUUAAUUUUAACUUUACACUAACAUGGAUCAAAUUCUUUUAGAAGUUAGAUGUCCACCAAUAUUUGUUAAACUCCCGAUUCAUUCAUUUAUGUCGAUUUUGUUCUUGGCAACUAUAGUUUGUUUCUUCUCA